AUGGGUUACCUGUUACUAUGGUCUUAUGUGGAGAAAUUUAAGUGCGUUGCUCGCUUGUCUGCGCCGCUCGCUUAUCAAGUACGUUACGCAAACAGUAAUGCACCGCAAGUUUUUGUUUUCGCGAAUGGCUUCAUUAUGGCAAAAUGCGGUGCAAACAAAAUCGUAGAAUUUGUAUGGGGCGACGAUUUUUUGUGCUAUGCUUUAAGUGAAAUACCCUAUUCCCUUCCCCCUCCUGGCUGGAGUCGCUACCAAGCCCACGAUUCUUCUCUACCAGGGGAGCUUGCUGCCGUCGUAGUUCUGGAAUGUGCCGCCGAUGUCCCUGGUGGCUCCAUCGAUUGUCUUGACCAUGGCCGUCACGCUGGUGUCGACGCUGAUGGCGCCGAGGUCACAGAGCUUCAGUGUGGUGCCCGCGCUCGCGACAGCCCCUGCGGCGAGUUCAGUGUCGACGAGACCAGGGUGGAAGACGAAGCUGGUCAACCAAGACUCCUCGAAGUGGAGGCGGCGGAUGAACCAGUUCAGUGCCGCCUUGCUGUCACCGUAGGGGCUCUGGGCGGGAGGGAAGUCGGCCAAGCCCUCCAUGGAGCCAAUGGAUCCGAUCAGAGUCGAGAUGGCUACGAAGAUGGGGUUUCCAGUCUUGCUAGCGCUGAGAAGGUCCGCGGUGGCCUGGAAGAGGGUGACAGGGCCAAGCAAAUUGACCUGCAAGUGCUGGUCGAUGCUGUCAACCGAGCUCUUGCGGACGGUGGUUCCGUCAGCGGCGAUGCCAGCAUUGGCAAUGACAAUGUCCAGAGCCUUGAUCCCAUGCUCCUUCUGGAGCGUGCUCACCGCCUCGGCAGCGUCGGUCGCAACGCUGGAGUCGAGCUUGACGGUGAUGAGCCGGGUGCCCUCCCCUUGGGAAGAUCAUCAAGAGCCUUGGAGUUUGGGUGCUCUGGGUCGCGCACAGCAAGGAUCAUGGUUGUCUGA